CUGGCCCCGCCCUCGCCUCCGCUUCCCUCAGGAGGGCCGGGCGUGAGGGAGAGAGAAGGAGCGGCGGCGGUGGCGGCAACCUCGGCGGCUUCUCUCGCUGGCCUUCCUCGCGGGGCUGGUGCUCCUCCCUCGCCCCGCCAUGAAGAAGUUUUCUCGCAUGCCCAAGUCGGACGGGACCGGCGGCAGCGGAGGGGGCAGCGGAGGGGGCGGCAGCGGCCCGGCGGCGGGCGUGGGGUCGGUGGCCGCAGGCGGCCCGGCCGUGGGCAGCAGCCGGGUCUUCUCGGUAGGGCGUUACCAGGUCACGGUGGAGGAGGUCCUGGCGGAAGGUGGGUUUUCCACUGUCCUCCUUGUCCGCACACAUGGUGGAAUUCGGUGCGCAUUGAAAAGAAUGUAUGUAAAUAAUGUGACUGACCUCAAUAUUUGCAAAAGAGAAAUAACAAUUAUGAAAGAGUUGUCUGGGCACAAGAACAUUGUGGGGUAUUUGGAAUGUGCUGUUAACUCUGUUAGUGAUAACGUGUGGGAGGUGCUCAUCCUAAUGGAGUACUGUCGUGCGGGACAGGUAGUGAAUCAGAUGAACCAGAGAUUGCAGACAGGCUUUACUGAGGCAGAAGUGCUGAGGAUAUUUUGCGAUGCUUGUGAAGCCGUUGCCAGGUUGCAUCAAUGCAAAACACCCAUUGUUCACCGAGAUUUAAAGGUUGAGAACCUUUUGUUAAAUGACAGUGGAAAUUAUGUCCUUUGUGACUUCGGAAGCGCUACUAAUAAAUUCCUUAAUCCUCAGAAAGAUGGAGUUAAUGUAGUUGAAGAAGAAAUUAAGAAGUAUACUACAUUAUCAUACAGAGCUCCUGAAAUGGUCAACCUUUAUGGAGGGAAGCCAAUUACUACCAAGGCAGAUAUCUGGGCCCUUGGCUGCUUGCUCUAUAAGCUUUGCUUCUUCGUGCUUCCCUUUGGUGAGAGCCAGGUUGCCAUUUGUGAUGGAAGCUUUACCAUUCCAGAUAAUUCCCGUUACUCUCAUAGUAUACAUUGCUUAAUAAGGUACAUGCUUGAACCAGAUCAAGAACGGAGGCCGGAUAUCUUUCAAGUCUCUUUCUUUGCCUUUAAAAUUGCCAAAAAGGACUGUCCUAUAUCCAACAUAAACAAUUCUCCUCUCCCAUCUACUCUUCCCGAGCCCUUGACAGCUAGUGAGGCUGCUGCUAAGAAAAGCCAAAUAAAAGCUAGAAUAACAGAUGCCAUUGGACCAACAGAAACCUCAAUAGCCCCACGACAAAGACCAAAGGCCAACACGAGUGCUGCUGCUUCUAGUGUACUAACAAUCCAGAGCUCAGCAACACCUGUCAAAGUGCCAGUCCCUGGUGAUUUUAACAACGGGCAAAAAGGGGCCUGUAAGCCGGGAAACAGUCAAGAGAGCGUGCUGUCCCAGGGAGCGGAUCAGCCUCCGCAGCAAAACAGAGUGCUCCAGCAACUCCAGCAAGGAGACUGGAGGCUACAGCAGUUGCAUCAUCUACACCAGCAGCAACAACAACAGUUGCUUCAGGACGCUUACAUGCAGCAGUAUCAAGCAAUGCAACAGCACAUGAUUCAGCAGCAACUUUUGAUGCAGUCUAUGUACCAACAGCAGCCUCCCCCAUCCCAGUAUCCUGGCAUGACGCAGCAGUACCAACAGGCCCUCCUACAGCAGCAGGCCCUGGCGAAGCAGCUGCCUCCACCAAGACAUUCUCCUGAAUUUCUUGCCUCUCCUCAGGAGUUCUCACCAGCCUUAAUGUCCCAUUCGAAAUCAUUUCCUGCUCAUGUCGGUGCAGCUCUGGAUACACCAUUUACUUCUAACAGGCCCUCUGCGGCUGAUGCGGAGUCUAUUUCGAACUAUCCAAAGCAGACCAUCAGUAACCCCCCUGACAUGUCUGGUUGGAACCCAUUUGGAGAAGACAAUUUCUCCAAACUAACGGAGGAGGAGCUGUUGGACAGGGAGUUUGACCUGCUGAGAUCAAACAAGCUCGUGGAGAGGAGAGCUUCCUCAGAUAGGAAUGUGGAGUCACAUUCUGCUCCACUGAACCGCCCUCCAGAAGACCCCUUUGGUUCUGUUCCUUUCAUUUCUCACCCAGGCUCCCCAGGGAACGCGACUGAUAAUUCAGCCACUAAUCUAGAAAAAACGGUAUUGAGCUCAAGCAAAAAUGAGAUGCCAAGCCAGGUCGCCGAGGAACAGAAAGCUGCAGAGAAGGUGACAGAAGGACACGCCAAAAAAGGGAGCGACGAAUCAGAGAGUGAUUUUGAAUCCGAUCCUCCCUCUCCAAAGAGUAGUGAGGACGAUGAGGAGCAAGAGGAUGAAGAGGUCUUGCAAGGUGACCCCGGAGACUUCGUUGAUGACAAUGAUACCGAACCGGAGAAUUUUGGCCAGCGGCCUCUUCUCAUGGAUUCCGAGGACGAGGCCGAAGAGGACGAUAAGCAGAGUUCGGAUUCGGAUUCCGGGAUUGCCAGGCCUGUAGAAGAGGUGCCUGGCGGUAGAUACAAAGAAGGCACGGGCAGCAGUGACGUCAGGGAGCCUGUUUCAACUGAAUUGCCAGGAACAGCUUCCAAGGGGAGCCCCAAACAAGAAUUCGAUGUGUUUGGAGCAGUACCGUUUUUUGCUUUCCCUCCCCAAGACCCUAAAUCAAGGCAAAACGACGGCAAGGGAUUCUCGCCGGAGGCUGGGUUAGAACAAGAUCCAGAUGACUUCGAUGUUUUCACCAAAGCCCCGUUCAGCAGAAAAGUGUCCCACCAAGACGAUUUGCUGGUAGAUCCUGAAAACCAGCCUUCUCCCACCGCUCCCAAAAGCGUAGAUAUUUUUGGCUGCAUUCCAUUCCACCCUCCUUCCGUCCCGAAAUACGACGAGAACAAAGAGGACGUCUUUGGGCUCGUGCCGUUCGAGGAGAUAGCAGGGAACCAACAGCAGCAGAAAGUGAAGCAGCAGCGGAAUCUACAGAAACUCUCUUCCCGCCAGAGGCGUAUGAAACAGGAUGUAUCGAAGGGUAACGGGAAGCGCCAUCACGGCACCCCGACCGGCACCAAGAAGGCUUUGAAGUCCAGUUACCGCACCCCGGAAAGGGCUCGCAGGCACAAAAAAGCCGGCCGCCGGGAUUCCCAGAGCAGCAACGAGUUCCUGACAAUCUCCGAUUCCAAGGAGAACAUAAGCAUUGCGCUGACGGAUAGCAAGGACAGAGGCAACCCUCUGCAAGCAGACGAUGGCCUCCUGGACCCUUUCGGAGCCAAACCAUUUCACCCAACGGAGCUGGUGCGUCUCCCGCAGCAUCAGGGCUUGGGUGACCAUCGUGUGGACCAUAACACAGUAGUGCCUGGCAGACCGCGACAGGGUUCUCUAAUCGGGGCCAUUCAUCCUGGAGACGGGGUGAAACUAACAGACGACUUUGGGGCUGUUCCUUUCACAGAACUCGUUGUGCAAAGUGUGACCUCUCAACCAAGCCAGCAGCAACAGACGGGAGAGUUGGAUCCGUUCGGGGCGGCUCCGUUUCCUUCCAAACAGUAGAUUCUUCCGAGAGCAUUGCUGUGUUAUUUAACUUGGAUUUUUUUUUCCACGCCAUCAUAUUCUGUCUGGUUGAACCAAGGAGAAAUGGGGUUUGGCACAAGCUAUAAAUUCUCUUUGGUAGCCAGGUCCUUAGAUUUUAACAUUUACUAUGUUUAAUAUUUUGGAGGAAACAGACACAUUUAAGGAAGAGCAGACUUCCAAAUGUGGCUAUUCCGUGUGACUAUAUUUGCACAGAACCAAUGUGUCCUUUUGCAAGGCAGUUACACUGCAAGGAGCCAGUGGUUACUGGAACGAUCUGCCUUAGGCCUCACGGGAGAAGAGUCCAAAAUCUAAACAUGAGCAGCCAAGUUGAUCUGGAACCACAUUUUCUUCGAUCAGUGUCUUUUCCUUGUAAACUUUUCUGAACUUCAGAAUUUGAUGAGAAACUCACAUUGGUUUUUAAAUAACCCCGACCGUUUGCAUAUGUUUGUGCCAGAAUUCUGUCCCCCCCCCCCCAACCCCAAUAAGUGCCAUUAAUAUAACACAGGGACAGAGAAACCUGGAGUUGUAAUGCUUAAAAUAUCGCGAUGUGAAAUACGAGACUGGAGCAAAUUGAGAAUGCUGGGGGGUGGGGGGGGGAUCAAUAAUGGUAUAUAACUGGAUUUUGCAGCACUUUGGGACAACACAAUUCAUUUGAAGAGAGUGUGGUUUACUUGUGUGUAGUGUUGACGACAGAAAAAAACACAAAUCAGAAUAUUGGUAGCAUGUAUCAACAUGGCAAAAAUCUGUUAUGAAGUAGGAUUUGCACCCAACCCAUGUAUCUUACAGAGGGUUCUAUUUCAGAUAAACUGUGUUUACCUUAGGAACUGGUUUUUAACCUCUACAAAAUUUCAUAUUACCUAAUAUUUUAAAUGCAGUCUGUUACAGUAUAUCGUCCUUCUGAUUUGUCCGGUAGGAGUCUGUGCAGAGAUGCGCAAAGCUCUAAAGAUGCUAACUUGAAUCCAGGCAGUUUCCAGAAAAGGGACUGUAAAACUGCGAGUUGUUUUUUUUUUUAAUUGCAGAUUUGAAUCUGCUACCAUUGAAUUGCAUAGAAAACCACCAUUGCCUUAUAUCCAGGACUGCUAUGUCCUGCUGUCAGUUUACCUCUGAGCAGUGCCCUCGAGACACUGUCUAAAAACGUGCAGAACGUAGCAGGUAAGUACAGCAAGCAUUUUUAUGGACGUUCCAUGGGGGUUAAUGGGUUCAUGGUGUCUGUGGCUAGUUAUACUCCACUCUUGGUCAGUUGCAGCCAUUCAAGAUAGUGCUCUGAUAUACUAUAGGAGCUUUGAUUGAACACCUCCCAAGCGUUCGGUUCAAUAGACGAGCGUUUAGGCCGACUCGACCUUUUCUGAAGUCGGGCGGGGUACGAGAACACCUUAGUGGCCGGUGUUUGGCCAGGAUCCAAAGAAGUUUGCAGUUGGCUCCAAGCAUUUGACCGUGUGACUUCUGUUUUACCAAACAGGUUCUCUUUGCAAUGCUUUGACAAAUCACUUUUGAAACUGGGCAAGUUCCCAAAUAGCUUGUUGUGUGGCUUUGCUAUUCAAAGACGAGCGGAUAAAAAAAAUCCCAUUGGGUACGUGUGUGGGUAUGACAAAGCUCUCUGGGUCUUAGUCCACGUGUAAACUCUGUCUCACCAAAAGAAAAACCAAAAUUGUAACUUUGUUCGCCACGUGCCAGAAUGCUCCUGCAGGCAAACGGAGCGUUCUAAAACAAAAACGGUCCAGCGUGUGCCAACCAAGCUGCAAUUUGGGUUUUUUCUUUUGUAUAUAGACAUGUACACCUGUGCAAACCUGAACUGAAGCACUUGCAUGCACUUAUGUAAACUGGGGUAUGGAUGCUGCCCUGAUGUGAAUUUGAACCUGUGGAAAACAAUCAGAUUUUAAUCUAAGGAAGGCAUAGUAUUGGGUUGACCGAUAGUCCAGGUGUCGUGCGACAGCAUCUGUUUUCCAACCACUGUGGGAAAAGCAAAAUAUCAAAGCAAAAAUGCACCUGUGGUCUUAUGUGAAUAAAAGGUGAGUUUGAUAGAGAUAAGGGUCAAGGUUGUUUUUAAACGCACACAAAAGUACUUUUUAGAGCUGCGGCAUCUUAACAGUUUUGGCAAUCUUUUAGAUAUGGCGAGAUGCACUCUUUGCGUUUGUCUCUUCGGCCUGUGCUCACUGUCUUUCAUAUCCCUGUGGAUUUUGACCUCUGAUCCUUGAUAUUUUCAUAAAGGAGCCGUGGCUAAAACCACUUCGCACAUACCUCAAAAUGCCUUCUCUUUUAUGCUUUGUGCCACAGUCUCCUUCCAACUAAACAGAGAGUUGGCUUUCAAAAGUGGAUUUUAAAACUGCAAAGUAGAUUAUGUGAGGACUGCUACAAGAACUGUGAUAGUUUCCUACCCAGAAAGUGACUUAGUGGUGGCUUUUGAGCAUAUGGACACAUGAUAAAAUCACACAUGUGUAGAUCGCAUACUGGUUCCUAAAAAAUAAAUCAUGACUGAAGUCAUACAUCAGGACUGGCUGCGCUGAACACAGCUGCUGAGCCCCAGCCGAAAACCUCUGUUUCUCUCAGCACAAAUGCUGUCAAAUAGCAUAAAGUGCAUGUGGAACUAUGCGAUAUAGAACCAGUGGUGCCCUAGUGUGAUUACAAGGGGUUUCCACAGGUGCGUAGCUGCAGUGGGGACAUCCGGGGCGGCUUGUCCCGGGCGGCGCCAUUGCAGUCACGUGGGGAGAUGGGGGUGAGGCGGGGAGGGUGCGCGCGGGCAGUUCAUGCCCCUGGCACAGUCCCCCCUCCCUUUGUCACUGGGCUUCCAGUUGUGCACGGGAGAGUGAAGGCCUUUGAUUUUCAAAAUUCAGCCCUGCCAUGAGCUGCAGCUCCCUGCUUUGAACACCGAGAGGGUUCUUAGUCCUUAGUGGUUUGGGAGGAUACUGGAACGCAGUAGCAGGCAGGGGAAGUGACAUUCCACGAACUAAACACCAGACCACGGCCACACAGGCACAGAAGCAUAACUAAUUGGAUUGACAGUCUUGCUGAAGUUAGCGGGACUGAAGUUUUAACAGACACAUGUAACUUUUCGUUUAUUUCAACCAAGAGGUUGCGGGUUGGUGAAGCUUUGCAGAACUUGGGGCUAGACUUUAAGAUCUAUUAAUUCACUGCUCUUUACCGCAAUCUCAGGGUAGGAUUACAUAAAACAGCGGGGGAAAAAUUCUGCAGCAUUAUGCUAAGGCCAAAGUAGACUAGCAGACGUAACCUAGCAUUCCCAAUAUUGCCAACUCUCUGUGAUUCCUACACGUUUCUGAAUAUCCCCUUUUAAUGUUUUCUUGUUUCCUGAAAUGUCUCCUUUUUGCCCAAGGCUUCAUUUUCAUCCAUUUCUGUAACAAACGUUUGCAUGUCAGUUGUUGUUUGUGAUUGGGAAUUGUUCAGUUUCCAUUUUCUGGACUUCAGUUUUUAAAAAAGUAACCCAGAUCUUUGGAGCAGUAUCUUUGCCUUGACCGUGUGCUCUGUUGUGUAUAUUUGAAAUGACGUCUGUUGUGAUGUUUCCUGAGAGAGAGAGAAGACUAUAAAGCUUUGAUUCCUACCAAUGACUGUCCUGUCCCGCCUGCCUUUUCCCCCUUGUAAUGGUUUGACUAUUCCCCUAAGUCAGAGAUGUCCAACUCGGGCACUUCACAUGUUCAUGGACUACAAUUCCCAUCAGCCCCUGCAGCCCCUGCUGGCACGGCCAGUUGCAGCCCCUGCUGGCACGGCCAG